AUGGCAGGCUGCGGAUUUCUCUCUUCGCUCCUGCAGCGCAAAGGUUCUACACAGUCUUUCAGGGGGCGGUUUCGUCGGUCUCAACGGAGACAUGUUCGCAAGAGCUCCGCUGGGACAGUGACUUCCUCUGACGAGGAAGGCUAUGAAAGCUCGGAGUCAUGGCAACAUGUUAACGAACGACAUCCUGGCCAGGAGAUACACCAGAAAGGUGAAGAGCCGCAGGAUGCGGUCGAUACAGACCCUGGUCUUCUGAAAAAGCAUUCGACAUAUCUCUCUUACUCCACCUCUGUUGCCGAAUACAAAUCAAUUCGAACAUUCUACCGCCCACAUCCUCAAAUGGACAAGUUUCCGACCAAACCAUCACCGAUCCCCCUUCUGGUGUUCGUCCACGGCCUAGGCGGGUCCCUGUCGCAGUUUAACCAUCUUCUUACCAGCCUGUCAAAUGUUGGACCUUGUUUCGGAAUUGACCUACCAGGCUGUGGAUUAUCGUCUUUUUCACCUACCUCGUGGGAUGCGUACAAAGUCGAAGCUUUAGCCGAGUUGCUCGCCACCGCCAUUGACCAACAUCGAGACAAAGCAGCCGGCCAAAAAGUCGUCCUUAUUGCGCAUAGUCUAGGCUGUUCUCUUUCAGCAAUGCUGACAUCAUCCACCUCACCUUUCAGCUUUGAUUUGAAAGACCAUGUCCUUGGCCUCGUCGCUGUCUGCCCCCGUGCGUCGCCGCCUUCGCCCAAGGACGCCUCCUCGUACCGGCGCCUACUAUAUAUACCUGGGCCAGUGUUUGACCUCUGGAGGUCUUGGGAUAGGCGUGGGGGCCUGAGCAGCAAUAGCGUCACUAGGCUUGUUGGGGUGGAUGCUGAUGCAGAGACCCGUGGCCUUCAGGUCCGUUACAACAAACAAAGUAAGACGCCUGUUUGGAGGCGUAUGGCAUGGGGUACACUUCCUCAUGCCGGACCUGAUGGCAGACAGACUGGGGGUCUUCCUGGUAAGGAGAUUUGGGCCGGUGUGCACGUCCCUAUCCUACUAGUGGGCGGCGAAUCAGACACAGUGACCAAGCCAAUCGAACUCCAGAAACUCCUCAAGUUCUUUGGUGAUGCUGUGGCGAGUUCUGAAAUCCAAGGACAGGCCCCAGGCUCUCCUGACUCCCUGGCUCACGAAGAGAAGUUCGGCAUUGAGCCACAACAUAAUGAGAAAAUUACCACAAAUGGACCUACAGGAUCAGUCGAAGUUAAACGUUCUGUGAAGACCGUUAUCCUUCCAUCACCCGCCUCUCAUGCACUCCUAUACGACCGUGCUACAUACCGCACUCUUGCCGGUAUUAUCCAGGACUUCGUGGCUCAACACGCUGACCACCGGCUGAAUCUUGGAUGGCAACUGCAAUAUCUCAAUACUUCUGGGAAGUGGGAUGUGAAGAAUCUGGCAAAGUGGAAGAAGGUCCCUCCUGUGUCAGAGCGAAUAGCCGACACAUUUGUCGCACUCAAAAUGCUCCGAGAAGUCGAUGAGGAACACAACCCAGUCCUAUUUUCCAAGGCACACCGUAGUAGCAUCUACGCGGUGAUUGAUAUCAGCCACGAGAACCCUGUAUACAACCCAGCUUCAUUGGAAGAAGGUGGCAUUCAUUACCACAAACAACCCACCGUGUCAAAAAUCCCUCCGACGCCGGACGAGGUAAGGGAUUUUGUUUUCUUGGUAGAUCGGUUGCAGAAUGAAAUCACCGAUACGAUGAAGAAGUCCACCGGUCCCAAGGGCCCACGGCCCGUGGUUGGGGUACACUGCCAUUACGGAUUCAACCGGACUGGUUUCCUGAUUGUCAGCUACCUAAUUGAGCGAUGCGGAUUUGGCGUCCAGGAAGCCAUUGAUGAGUUCGAGAGACGCCGUCCACCCGGUAUUCGGCACGGGCACUUCAUUGAUACACUAUUUGUGCGAUAUUGUGUCGGGCUGAAGAGGGCUCCGACGCUUUGA